AUGUGUUGCACCUUCCUACCAGAGUUGUGUUAGUUAGCGUACUUCACGAAAAAAGUACAUUUUUAGAAAUACUACGGUCAUUUCAAGGUACAUUUUUUAAGAAAUGCGGUAGUUGAGACUUUAUUUGUCGACUGUUUUGUAACUUAAGAGAGCUUCUGAGUUUUUCAAGCCUAAGUGUUAACAAUGGCUCUGAAACAUACAAGGGCGUGGACGCCGGUUUUAGCCGCCUUUUCUCCGACUAAAAUCACCGGACUGUCAGUCAAAGCGAGUUUGGUGGCACUGAAGUCCUUCAGCUCAACAACUCAGGGUGAAGACACAGGAAAAGCUGCAGGACAGACUGUGGUCUCAGAGAGAAGGGGGUCUGUGGUUACCGUGGCAAUAAACCGGCCCGAGGUGCGUAAUGCGGUGAACCAGGAGACGGCGAGGCGUCUGCUGGAGGAGCUGGAGGCCUUUGACAGUGACCCAGACUUGAAUGUGGCCAUCCUUCAUGGGAAAGGAGGGAAUUUCUGCGCUGGUUAUGAUCUGAAAGAGCUGGCCAAUCACACAGCCUCCCUCAAAUUGGAGCAAGAUGUCACCAAGGGUCCCGGUCCGAUGGGUCCGUCCCGUUUGGAGCUGUCCAAGCCGCUGAUAGCAGCAGUCAGUGGCUUUGCUGUGGCUGGAGGGCUGGAACUGGCCCUGCUGGCAGAUUUGAGAGUGGUGGAGGAGAGCGCCAUCAUGGGGGUGUUCUGUCGGAGGUUUGGUGUCCCCCUGAUUGAUGGAGGCACUGUGCGGCUCCCACGCCUCAUUGGUCUAUCGAGAGCCUUAGACCUGAUUCUGACUGGACGGCCAAUCGGAGCACAGGAAGCUCUUGCUUAUGGACUGGCUAACAGAGUUGUUCCUGAUGGUCAAGCAUUACAGGCAGCCCUGCAGUUAGCAGAGCAGCUGAGCUCCUUCCCUCAGCAGUGUCUGCAGGCCGACCGCUCUUCAGCCAUCUACAGCUGCUACGAUGCUCCCUCCUUCACACAGGCCAUGCAGUAUGAGAUUGACCAUGGAAUACCUGUGAUCCAAUCAGAAGCUAUCACCGGGGCAACCAGCUUCACUACUGGAACAGGACGAGGAGGGAAAUUCUCCUAGGAUGUAGUUUGUGAAUUGUGUUUUCAGGUGAUCUAACACACUGCUGCAUCCAUGUUCAAAGCCAACAGAUCUUGAGGAAUAAACAGUUACAUCUCUAAACAGAUAACUCACAUUUCAAACGCA